AUGGUGGCUUGGACAUUCAUCAUGUACUGGCUGUGGCUCAUUCUGCUGCCUAUGCUCUUCCUGUCAGAUGGCAUCAUCAUAGUUAAAGAGAAUGGUAGGAGUGGGGGAGUCAUGAGGCUGGCUGCCAAGAGUGGGGGGUUGGGAUCGUCGAGCCAUCCUAGGGGCAUCGAGAGAGUCCCUGGCAUGGUCGGCAAUCCCAUGGGUUCAGGAGGCAGAAGAGAGAUCAGGGGAGGGGGACUGUUCAAAGAAGUCUUCUGGGAGGUUAUGGUCCUCACCAUGGAGGAUUGUGUCUGGUACAAAGAUCCCAUUGUUUCUUGA